AUGUCGGAUUACGCCCUACACGAUUCCACGGCGAUACCGACGCUUUCCGAUGCGCCUCCGUCGAGCGCCGGUCGCUCAUCCCACGGGGCCGAGCAGACCCAGCCGACCCACGAGGCCAUCUCAGACGAGCUGAAAGCCCGCCUGGACAAAGUUAUCUACUCCGAUAUCGGCAUAACCACACUCCUUACUCGGCUGAAGCAAAGCGUGGCCUCCGCCAAGGAUUUCUCAACCUUCCUGAAAAAGCGAGGGUCACUCGAAGAAGAGCACGCUCAGGGGCUAAGAAAACUGUCCCGCGUGAUCAGCGAUGCGUCGCAACGUUCCGAGAACCGACAGGGCACAUACAGUUCCAGCUACAAGGACAUCCACCGAAUCCAGGAGCGGAUGGUCGACCAUGGCCUCCAAUUCUCCGUCUCCCUCCAUCAGAUGUCCGAUGAUCUGCACGAGCUCGCUGCCAACAUCGAGCGCGGCCGCAAGCAAUGGAAACAGACGGGUUUAGCUGCGGAGAAGAGGGUCGUCGAUGCAGAAUCGCUGGCGGAAAAAGCAAAGGCAAAGUACGAAUCAUUGGCGGAGCAGUAUGACCGUGUUCGCACGGGAGACAAGCAGGGCGGAAAGUUCGGUCUCAAGGGCCACAAGUCUGCGGCGCAGCACGAGGAGGAGUUGUUGCGCAAGGUCCAGAACGCGGAUAGCGAUUAUGGGUCUAAGGUUCAGGCUGCUCAGGCGGCGCGCCAGGAGCUAGUGUCUACCCACCGACCACAGGCGGUACACAAUCUUCAGCAGUUGAUCGCUGAGUGUGACUCCGGAUUGACCCUGCAACAGCAGAAGUUCGCUACUUUCAAUGAGAAACUGCUUCUAGGCCAAGGUCUCUGCGUCAACCCUUUGAAAACCGAUGGGGCAUUAGGACCUAAGAGCCUUGCCGAGGUUAUUCGUCAAGUCGAUAACCAGAAAGAUCUCCACGAGUUUAUUCUAAGCCACGAAGGCAAUCCUGGGGCUGUGGCUUCAGUACAAGUCAAAUAUGAGCGUCACCCUACACUUGGUGGUGGUGGGGCCGUUUCUUCUGCUUCUACUUCUGCGGUACCUUCGCAACCAAUUACUCAAAAUAAACGUGUGUCAACCAUGCCGCAGGCAUUUACCUUGACUAAUAUAUCUUCGCCAGCGCUUCAACUACCACAGAGCAGUGAUCGAUUGCAGCAAUCACCUUAUCCCGCCGAGAAGACCUUCACUCCGCCCCCAGCCGGCACAGCUCCCUACCCAGUUUCAGGACCGCCUGCUCCGGAACCCGCACCUAAGAUCCCGCUGUCAAUGGCAGGGCCUCCCCCAAUGGCAGGGCCUCCCCCAAUGGCAGGGCCUCCCCCAAUGGCAGGGCCUCCCCCAAUGGCAGGGCCUCCCCCAAUGGACAGGAAUUUGCAAUUGAAUCUCCCUCCAUUGAAGCCAGUGUUUGGCGUUUCGCUGAACGACCUGUACGCCCGGGAUGGAACGGCAGUUCCUUUCAUUGUGUACCAGUGCUUCCAAGCAGUUGAGCUGUUCGGUCUGGAUAUGGAGGGCAUCUAUCGACUUUCCGGUAGUGCCAAUCACAUCAGCCACAUGAAAGCUGUAUUCGACAAUGACUCAUCACAAGUCGAUUUCACAAAUCCGGAGACCUUUUACCAUGAUGUCAACAGCGUUGCAGGACUUGUGAAGCAAUUCUUCAGGGACUUACCUGACCCUCUGUUCACCACUCAGUUCUACCAACAGUUUGUUGAUGCUGCUCGCUUCGACGAUGACAUCCAACGCCGAGACUCGAUGCACGCCCUUAUUAACAGUCUGCCCGAUGCUCAUUAUGCUACUCUUCGUGCUAUCAUUCUGCAUCUCAACAAGAUCCAAGAACACUAUACCCAGAACCGCAUGAACGCGGGCAAUCUAGCCAUUUGCUUCGGACCAACCCUCCUGGGCUCUAAUUCCGGUGGCAGCAUCGCCGACGCUGGGUGGCAGGUCCGUGUCGUCGAGACGAUCCUGAAUAACACAUUCCAGAUCUUCGACGAUGACUGA